GUUUCCGGGUUGUGUCUCCGCGCUGCUUUUCGGUUUGUGCAGGAUCUUCGGGAACUUGCAUCAUCCCGUGGCUACGUGCAGCGGAGGAGACCAAACACAAACAUGUGGAUGGAGGCCGACGACGAGCAGUCCUCCUCCUCCUCCUGACGGCGACACGCGCGUGACUAUAUAAAGCAGCCGUGGGCAGCGUCCAGCACGCCGGUCACGUCCAAGUGUAUCAGCAAAGUGCAAGGUCCGCGCACCGGGCGUGAGUGAGCCGCAGACGCUCCCCACGUCACCUCAGCACGUCCAGCCCGUGCCUUGUUAAACUGUCAGCCCCCCUUUUUACGAGCCACUUUUACUUUGCAGCGAACAUGUCGUGUCUUUUACUGGGAGUCGUACGAAGGCGUGGAGGUGUCGGGGCAGGUGUCGGGGUCCGGUCUCUGGCCUCCGUCCCCUCAUUGCCCUCGGCAGUGGCAGACUUUGUGAAGGGAGCCGUGGAGGAAUGUAAACCCUCCGGGGUGCAUGUGGUGACGGGGACAGCAGAUGAAGCAGCCAACAUCCUAGCAGGCCUGGAGAGGGAUGGGAUGGUCAAGAAGCUUCCCAAGUACAAGAACUGCUGGUUGGCACGUACAGACCCAAAAGAUGUGGCACGAGUGGAGAGCAAGACUGUGAUUGUGACCAAGAACCAGAGGGAUACCAUCCCAGUCCCAGCUGGAGGAGUGAAGAGCCAGCUUGGCAACUGGAUGAGUGAAUCAGACUGGCAGAAAGCCAGAGAGGAGCGGUUCCCUGGCUGCAUGGCAGGUCGGACUAUGUAUGUGAUUCCUUUUAGCAUGGGUCCGGUCGGCUCGCCUCUAAGUAAAUAUGGUGUCCAGGUGACCGACUCGCCGUACGUUGUGGCCAGCAUGGGAAUAAUGACACGAAUGGGGACACCUGUUCUAAAUAAACUGGCUGAAGGAGUGGAGUUCGUCCGCUGUCAGCACUCUGUGGGUCGCCCUUUUCCUCUCAGAGCCCCUCUAGUCAACUCAUGGCCCUGUAACCCAGACAAGGUGCUAAUAUCUCACCUGCCAGACACCAGACAAAUCCUGUCCUUUGGCAGCGGCUAUGGAGGGAACUCUCUGCUGGGAAAGAAGUGCUUUGCCCUCCGCAUCGCCUCCCGCAUCGCCAAGGAUGAGGGAUGGCUAGCAGAGCACAUGCUGAUCCUGGGUAUCACUAACCCUCAGGGAGUGAAGCGUUAUGUAGCGGCUGCUUUCCCCAGUGCCUGUGGUAAAACCAACUUGGCUAUGAUGAAGCCAGCUCUGCCAGGGUGGAAGGUUGAGUGUGUGGGAGAUGACAUCGCUUGGAUGAAGUUCGACAGCCAAGGAAAACUCAGGGCCAUCAACCCAGAAAAUGGAUUUUUCGGCGUUGCCCCAGGCACCUCAGACAAAACCAAUCCCCAUGCCAUGGCCACCAUCUCCCAAAACACCAUGUUCACCAAUGUUGGUGAGACCAGCGAUGGGGGCGUGUGGUGGGAAGGACUCGACCCUCCUGCAUCCGGCGUCUCCCUCACAGACUGGCACGGCAAAACCUGGAAGCACGGAAGCUCGACCCCCUGUGCGCAUCCCAACUCCCGCUUCUGUGCCCCAGCAGGUCAGUGCCCUAUCAUUGACCCCCAGUGGGAGAGCGAGGAGGGCGUUCCCAUCGACGCCAUCAUCUUUGGUGGCAGAAGACCAGAAGGAGUUCCUUUGGUUUAUGAAUCCUUCAGCUGGCAACAUGGUGUCUUUGUCGGGGCUGCGAUGAGGUCUGAGGCCACGGCAGCUGCUGAACAUAAAGGUAAAGUGGUCAUGCAUGACCCUUUUGCCAUGCGACCCUUCUUUGGCUACAACUUCGGCGACUACCUCACUCACUGGCUGAGCAUGGAGAAGCGAAAGGCUCCCACUCACCUGCCCAAGAUCUUCCAUGUCAACUGGUUCAGGAAGGAUCCCAGCUCCGGAGCCUUCCUGUGGCCCGGCUUCGGUGAAAACGCUCGCGUGCUUGAGUGGAUCUUCAAGCGCUGUGGCCGGGAGAGAGAGGACGAGGCGGCCAGAAAGAGCAUCAUCGGCUGGCUGCCACAAGAAGGUGGCAUCGACACUAAAGGCCUCGGCAGCAAGGUGGAUAUGGGCGCCCUGUUUGACGUGCCGGCGCCUUUCUGGCAGAAGGAGACCAAGGAGUUGAGAGCCUACUUCAGCCAGCAGGUUGGAGCCGAUCUGCCAGCUCAGGUGGAGGCUGAGCUGAAGGCACUGGAGGACAGAGUUCACAAGUAAAAACCUACGAUCAGAUCAUUAGCAUGGAAGUCACUGACAGGGUUUACGUACACAAAAUGAAGUUAUGAAUUGGAGACAUGUACCAUCAAGCCAGAGUGGUGGGUUGUCAGCUUUGUGGUCUCUAUGGUAACCUCUGCUGCACUGUUAAAUACAGUAUAUUCACCUGGUGACUUUGAUCUGGCUUUUGCUACUUUUCUCCUCUGACAAAAAACAACAGUCAAAUAUUACUGCAACAUUUUAUGAACAUCACUUUAUGGUUGGGUUUUUAAAUCAUCAGGGAAACAAACAAAAUACUCAAACUUAGAAUUAUCAUUAUUUAAAAUGUAUCCUAUUUAUGUGAUGUUGACAGAGAACAAAAAAAUAAAAUCUGUCCUGUCCGAUACUUUUUUUUUUUUUAAUUUGUAGCCCAGUUGACAGAAGCAGCAGGUGAAUAACUCUGGUACCUGUAUGGACUCGGGGCAGACCCACUUGACCCGGCUUCAUGGUACAGACCUCUUUGACUCAAAAGUGUUGGUUUGAUACAUUUUAAACAACUACUGGGCUCUAUACACCACUGAUUUGUACACUACACAGCUUUCAUCUUAGUUCUCUUCUCAGGUUUUCAGUACAUGUCAUGUAAGGAAAUUUAAUGAGACACCUUCAUUCAGUACAUUACGCUCUGCAUUGUGUUUGUUUGACAAGGCGUUUUGCAGAUGGACCAACAUCCAGAGAGGUUUCUAACAUUCUGACUCUUUCAUGAAAACAAAUCAGUCAUGGAUUCAUCUCAGGCUUAAGUAAUGGGGAAAAAAAUAAUGCAGUAUGUAUUUUAUAGACACUACGGUACGUCAGACUCAUGCCUUAACUGACCAUAAGCAGAGUGGAGGUACGACUGUAAACGUGAAGGUUAGAUUUCUGCAGUGUGAUCAGCAGAGCCGAGCAGUGCCUUUUUAGACAUGUAGCUGUUCUGUAAACCAGACUGGUUAUGUUUACAAACUAAACCCAAAGAUCUCAUUUAGGUGGCGUUAAAGCAUUUUUUACCCUUUUGAAAAGACUAGAGCUGAUUUAUUAUUGGCUGAGUCUCUGUUUGCCUACAGUCCGAUACUUUGGUGCAGGUUUUCAGUGAAGCAGAAGACCACAUCUACAUCUAUAUACAUGAUGUUUGAUUGAACUGGGUGAUUUCAGGUGAUCUAGGGCUUUACACAACAUGUGAAACGUUGGACCAAUAGAGGACAAUGUGAUUAUGAAGCAUUCUUUGAAAGUGUGCAAAGGUUUUUGUUACAGUGCAAUGAAUAAAGUUUCUUUUAAUGCA